ACGUAGUGACGUCACCGCGGAAACUCCCGCAGCCGCCGCGGCCGCAAAAAAACACCGUCUGUAAAAUAAACAAAAUAAAGCGCCCGGAAUCGGCGGGGAAAAGGCAGAAUCCCGAUCCCCGAAUCCGGUUCCAAUCCCCGGAUCCCGAUCCCGAUCCCGAUCCCGGUCCCGGUCCCGGACAGUGGGGGAGCCGGAGCCGCCCCGGGGGUCCGGGAAUCUCCAUGACAUCAGCCCGGGAAGAUGGCGGCCGGGGAAUCUGGUGGGAGUUGGUGGGGGAGCUGGAUACAAGAAGGUUUCCAAUCAGUGAAAGAAAAGAAUAUAAUACUGUUCAUGACAUCUCCCUGUCCCCCACCAACAGUCUACUGAAGCGUUGGAGUUUAUGAAACGGGACCUUGCAGAGUUUUCACAUGUGGUACAACAUGAUACAGCAUGUACAAUUGCUGCCACUGCGAAUGCUGUGAAAGAAAAACUGAGUGCAGAAACUUCUACAGGAGCAGGGCAGCAAGUCAAAAAAGGAUUAUCAAACAUUCUCGGAGUCCUCUCAGACACAUUUGCUCCUCCUCCAGACAAAACUAUAGAUUGUGAUGUUAUAACGUUGGUUGCAACACCAUCUGGUACUACAGAACUCUAUGACAGUACUAAGGCUCGUCUUUACAGUCUACAGGCUGAUCCGGCAACGUACUGCAAUGAGCCAGAUGGUCCCCUAGAACUCUAUGAAGAAUGGAUUGCUGGUUUUAAUCUUGAAGACCAAAAAGGGGAAAUCUCAGGCCUGCUGGUUAACAGUCCUUCAGUACGUGCGCUUUACACAAAAAUGGUGCCAGUAGCGGUGUCACAUUCAGAAUUUUGGCAUCGAUACUUUUAUAAACUGUAUCAGUUGGAACAGGAGGAAUCCAGGAGAAUAGCAUUGAAACAGAGAGCAGAACUGACUUCUCAUUCAGAGGAGCUUCGGUGGGAAGAGGAAGAAGAUGAAUUCGUAGGAGCUUCGCCUGUCAACUCAGAUUUUCGCCACAUGCCGCAAAGCCCGUUAUCAUUGGUGCAAUCUCCAGUCACGUGCUCCAGGAUGGAGCAUUCAGUUGAACUUCAGAACCAGAAUAUUGCUGACAUUAUGCAAAAGCCAGUGGAAUGCCAAUCUGUGAAUGCUGUUAGCACUGCCACAGAACUCCAGUUGAGAAAUCAGAUCUCCACUUCCAGUGAGACAUCUAGGUCUGAGGAGACGGUGAAAGAAAUUGCAAGGAAUGUAGUAGAAACCAGCACAGAGCUGGUAGUAGGACAGGAAUUGAGGCCCAAGACUAAAGAUAGGCUUUCAACCCCAGACACAGAAGCAAAUGGAUCACCAAAAGAUCAAAAAACAAAGGAGUUUACUGCAGUAUCUGGCAUAGUGAUUGAGGCAAAGAACUCAAGCAAACCGGAGACUACAAAAGAUGAUGGACCAAUUGAUUUGAGAGUCUAUGAACUCAACUCAGACAGUGGAAAAUCUACACCUUCCAAUAACGGAAAGAAAGGAUCUAGCACGGACAUCAGUGAGGACUGGGAGAAAGAUUUUGAUCUGGACAUGACCGAGGAAGAGGUCCAGUUGGCAUUGUCUCGGGUGGAUGUGUCAGAACAGCUGGAAGAUGAAGACUGGGAAGAUUGGGAAUAAAAUGGAAUUGGACGUUGCUGCUUCAGUUGAUUUCUUGAAUUCUUUCAUUCUAAUGUAAUGAGCAUUGUGUUUAUAUUCUUAGCCUGUAGUGUAUAUACAGGUUUCCUGUGCCAUUGCUUCAAUAAGCUAGGGUAACAUGUUUUAUACUGCAUGCUAUUGAAUCAUAUAGCAGGCUUUUUAGCAUGUAAUUACAAAGGACUAAGGAGCAUGGGUUAUAUUUCAUUGUUUAGACUUAGUUAUAUUCAGUGAGAGACAUUGCUAUUUCUGUUUCUAAUGGUGUUUUGUUUUUGUGUAAUUAACAGCUGGUUGGUUGUGCAAUAUAUAUUUUAAAUAUGCAUUUUCUAGCUUUCAGAUAUGGGAAACCAUUAGUUUUGUAAUUCAAAUUCCCUUAGAUCUUUUACAGAUUUGCACUUACAUCUAUUAAAUUUAAAUUAUACAAAGUUAAUUGACUGAUGCUUUUGGUGUUUAAGCACUUUGUAAAUGAAACAAAAUGUCAGUUUAAAAUGCUAAUUGGAAAUUGAAUUCCUCCAUUUUGCUGCGUAGUGAUGGAGUAAAAGCUUUUUUAAAGCUGGAGGGUUCCCAAGAAGAGGGUUAUAAUUUUGAUGCCUGUGCUACCUGGGAUUUUAAGUCUUUUGAGUACUGAAUUUUUUUUAAACCUUUCAAGUUGCUUGUAACCAAUCAUACACUUCUACAGAUUUGCUACUCUGUAAAUUUUGAAUGGUGUUUUAUUGAAACCUCUACGGAACCCUUAAAGGACAAUUGACUUUGUCAUAUUCGUAGCGAUAAAGGUAGCAGAAGCCUCAGAAGGUUAAUCUGUCAACUAAAUUAAGAUUUGUAGUUUUUCCAGCUGAAGAGCUGAUUGCUUAAUAUUUCACCAGUUUCAUGGAGGAGGUUUUGGAGAGAAAUGAGAAGGAAAAAUGGAAUUGUUGUAUUGAUCCCAUAAAUGGAUUAGGAAGCAAGUGUGACAGCAGCUCACAAAUCUCUUAGCUCAUUGACCAAAUGGUAACAUGGCAACAACUUGCUCUAAAGCAAACUAAAAAAAUGAAGCAGUCCAGUAUGCUUUGGAAAAACUGUAGUAUUUGAGUGAAUUGAAAGCACUAAUAGCCAUUGUGCUGCACGCUGCUUGUGCCUUCAGUACUGAAGUGUAUCAUUACCAAUGUUUCUGUACAAAUGAUUGAAUUGUCCAUUGGAUGUCAACAUGCUUGAAAUUUGAAAAGGUAAAUGUAAAACAGAUACAACAUAUUCAAAAAGUAAAAUAUUGCAUUCUGGAAACUUGAAACAAAAACUGAGAACACUGGAGAUGCUCAACGUAUCAGGAAGCAUUUGCCAAAAGAGCAUAAAAGCCAGUUGAUAUUUCAGAUACAAGGUGCGUCUUCAAAUAUUUUGUAACCAAAAUGUCGACUGAUUUGUGCUUUCUUGACAAGCUGCUUGACCUGCUGAGUAUUUGCUGCUUGUCUUUAUUUCUUUAAUAAACUUUCAGUCAUAUUAAUAUGACAGGUACAAGUAUUUCAGUAAAUGGAAGGCACAAUUUUUGAAACCACAAUACAUGUGUCGGAAUUCACUGCUUCUAAACUCUGUCCAGAGAGCAGAUUUGAGCAAUGUAACAAUAGGUUGAAGCACUAAUGUGUGACCUCUCCUUUCUGGCCAUUCUGAUGAAUGGAGUGUUGCUUAACUCUAAAGAUUAUUUACUGGGGUGUGAUUUUCCACCUCCCAUCCCCUCCCCACACAAACCCCCUUCUAUCAUGUAUUGUUACUAAUAUUCUAAAUAAACCCGGAUUAAACUGGAAAUUAUGGUACCUGCACUUUCUGUUGGAGAGGCUUAGCUGUAAAUAAGACUUAAUUUUUUUCUUUGUUUUAAACAAAAUAAAAAUUUAUUGCUUAAUGUU